UGCUCCCAGAUGACCAUAUAAUCUUGAAAGAGUUUGAAAAGAAACAUAAGGAAGACCCCCAUCAUUAUCUCCUAGUUACUUCCAGUACUGACGAGCACACGGUGAAAGGCACAAUUCUGAUACCCUUUCGGACAGCGAUGCGAGGAAAGUUUCCUUUAAAAGGUACCUACUUUCAGGAUCACGAGGUAUUUGCAGAUUACUCGUCUAGCUGUUAUCCAAUAAGUAUAGAUACAAAAUAUUUAGAGGACCUGAACAGAUGCGUUGUAUACUUUGGUUCAACAAUAAAGUCGAUCACGAAAGGUAUGACGAGACAGGGCAUCCAGGACUGCUUCAAGCGAGGAUAUGUUUGCCUAAGAGCCAUUGACCGGGGAUCAAGAUACCCAAGAAGAUUAUGCCCCUCGCUGCAUGCCACUAACAGAACGAGAGAUAGCGUUGGAAGCUACAGAAAGAAAACCAGGAAACCGUCGCAAGGAAAGGGCAAGCAGAAGGGGCCUCCCGCCAGCCACACUCCUGCGGCUGCGGCUAAGACGGAGGAGGCAGGGAGCAGUGAGAAAAAAGGACGGGGCAAAAGGGCGCGCCAGGUCGCUACUGUACCCGUCCCUGACACCGUUGGGUCAGAUGACUGGCCUUCGGCCGAUACGAGAGAGCACAAGAGGAAUAGGAAGUACCUGAGACACGACUGGGUGUGAAUCACACCCAUCGUGCAGCCGGACCCAAAGCAUAGUGACUGGACCGGUUAAGAUCAUUGGCUAGCUGUUUCCCUUCACGGUCGGUGUCGCCCUUAUUGUCUAUUUUCCAUUCCAUUGUACUACGUCUCAUUGUUAUUCGAAUCCAGAUCUUGUAUCAUAGCAGCUACCUGGCUUGCAAGCGGAGAAUGGGCCAAAGGAAUGUGACAUGUAAUCAUUGGGUGGUAGACUAAAUAGA